UUAUUUAUUUCCUAUAAUUUUUAUUAUGAGGAAACCAAAUACAUUCAUCGAUUUCACUUCAUAAAAUUAGAAGAUUUUGACGUCACAAAAUCUACUUUGUAACUAAGCCUGAGUGGAUCUUUGUUUGUAAUUUUACACCAUUUAAAAUUUGCUUUCCUGUGUGUGCAAAAAGUCUCGACAGGACGCAUUGGAAUGCUUGAGCUUUCCUAUCGUUUUUCAGGAUUCUGUGGUGUUAUAAGUCUUUUGUUUGAUAACACAUCUGCUCUUCACAUCACUUAUAGAAAGUAACCACCGUCUGUAAGGUCUGCAUAAUGAAAGAAAUCCAUUUAAAAGAUGUUUGCAGAAUAUGUUUAAUAAAGACUGCAGACUCUUUUCAUCUGUUCGCUCACGGACCAGAAUCCGAAACGAUAUUAAGCAUUAUAAAUGAAUGUUUUCACAUUAAAUUAAAUCUUGAAAGAAAUUUGCCUUACAUGAUUUGCAAAUCAUGUUUGAGUGAAGUGAAAGCUGCCGAAAAUUUUAGAAAUAAGUGUCAUACUUUUCAUGAUAGAUUCGCUGUUUUUUCACAAAAUUUCCAUUCUGACCAAGAAGUAAACACGGUAAUUACUAACCAAGAAGACUAUCUUUGUGGAGAGUUGCAAGUAAAUACAGAGAAAGAUAAAAAAAAUAUUGUUGAUAGUUUUACAUGCAAUAUUUGUGGUAAAAUUUUAAAAGCAAGGGCGUCAUUACUUAAGCAUGAAGUAUCUAUGCACCAAAAACGAAACCAUAUUGGAAAGGUAACUGGAUUUGGUGUUGACCGCAAGUACCAUUGCACAAGUUGUCCAUACACGACUCCUCAUAGCCAGACAUUAGUAAAUCAUAUGAGGAGACAUGAUGGUGAACGGCCAUAUGUGUGUCAUUGUGGAAAGAGGUUUACUCAAUCAUCAGGACUGUCAGCUCAUCUUAAAACACAUAGUGACACAAGAUAUUUUACUUGUAGCAAAUGUGGAAGGCAGUUUAAACAUGCUUACACUCUAAAGAGACAUGCUGUUGUUCAUGAAACUUCCAAAUUUAUUUGUAAUAUCUGCCACAAAGGGUUAAAAAGCAAACAGUCUUUGCAGGAGCAUAUUCAAAGACAUUAUAAUGUUCGCAAUUACAGUUGUGAAGAUUGUGGUGAUACAUUUGUAUCUUCAUCUGAAUUAAUUCACCAUAAGAAAAAACAUUAUGUGGAUCAGAAAUUAGAAUGUCACUUGUGUGGCUAUAAAACUUGUGAAAAAAGAAGAUUGAUUUUACAUCUUAAAAGACAUACUGGAGAUAAAGCUUACAAAUGCAAGCUAUGCGAAGUUACAUUUUAUACUCAGGGUGAAAUGCGGCGUCAUCAAAGGGUACAUACACAUGAAAAACCUUACUUGUGCCCAGCAUGCUCACAACGUUUUUCAUAUAGUCCAAGCCUCAAUAAGCAUAUGUCAACAGUACAUGGUGUUCAGUAUAAAUGGGGUGAUAUAAAGAAUUUAAAAUCAGAAGUAAAGGAUUUUUCAGUACAUAAUAAUAGUUGCAUCAAAUAG